UUAGUGAUGUCUAGUUUUCCAACUGAAUUAAGACUUAUAAUAAUUUAAUUAAUAUGUAAAACAAUUUCUUUGAAGGCCCAAUAUGGACAUCAAAAACGUGUUAGCCUGUCCCAGCAAAGUUUGUAGAAUUUGUUUAUGUGAAGCUCCAGCUCAAAUACCAUUAAAUAGUCAAUCCGAUGGUGAUACUCGAACUGUGUGCGAACUAUUGUCAUUUCUUGCCGACGUUAAUAUAGACAUCGACUGCAGAAACCCUCUGCAAAUAUGUGUAGAGUGUUUCUCGAUUCUAACCAAGGCUGUUCAGUUGAAAGAAAGAUGUAUUUUGUCAGAAAAAAUACUAAAAGAAGCUUUUCACGAGUUAGAAAAAGGCAAUGAUUUAGUAUCAACAUCACAAUAUACUUCUACUAUAGAUUCUAAAGCACUGCUUUAUCCUUUAGAUUCAGAAUAUGAUUCAUUUAACCAUAAUCUAGAUAAGAUAUCAAUAGAUGAUUUUGAUUCAAAGGAACUGGUCCAUACAGAUAUUGUGGGCCUAUCAAAGACUGAAAUGCAAUUAGAUAUUAAAGAAGAAUUAAAUAGUGACACUGAAUUCAAUAACUGUGGUAGUCUAGAAAAUGAUAAGAUGUUAGAUUCUGAUUUUUAUAACAGUUUAGAAAAUAAUAUUUUAACAUGUGAAUGUAACUUAAAAUUUAAAUGUGAAAAUGAGUAUAAAAGUCAUACAGAACAAUGUAAAAAACCAAAUUUACUAGUUAAAUCAAAUGAUAUUCUAUAUUGCAAAAAGUGUAAUAUACAAUUGCCUGAUCAGAAAUCAUAUACUGAACAUACAAAACAUCAUAAUGUUAAGUUAAAAAAACCUCAAGGUCCCAAACGGUUGUUUAAAUGUAAUAAAUGUAUGAGAAAGUUUACUCAUGAGUCUUCACUUCAUACCCAUUUGUUAAAACAUGAAGAUAGUGUUCAGAUGAAGUUUAUUUGCAAAAGUUGUAAGCGAGAGUUCAAACAUCAAGCUCAUUUAGAUAAUCAUAUACUCUUAGUUCAUACAAGGGAUAGAGGCUACAGUUGUGAUUGUUGCAAUAAAAACUUUACCACACUAGCAGCUUUGCAUGUCCAUAAAGAGGUGCACAAAGUUGAAAAGAAGCAUCAAUGUCAUAUAUGUAAUAAAUCUUUUAUAAUGAUGUCAUCUUUGACUGAUCAUUUAAGAACACAUACUGGAGAGAAGCCAUUUUUGUGUUCAACUUGUGGAAAGGGAUUCUCACAAAAAACUAAUUUAGAGCAACAUAUAAGGAGACAUUUGGGAUUGAAGCCAUUUGAAUGUGAAAAUUGUGAUAAAAGAUUUGUAUCGAAAGGUGAACUCACAGCACAUUUACGAAAACACAGUGGUGCACAUCCAUUUGUCUGUGACGACUGUGGCAAUGGUUUUACCACGUCAAGCUCACUAGUCAAACAUCGACGUACACAUACAGGGGAACGGCCAUUUUCAUGUGAUAUGUGUGACAUGAAGUUUGCUGCUUCAGGAACACUGAAAAAUCAUAGGCGUACUCAUACUGGAGAGAAACCUUACAAAUGCUCUUUAUGUGAUAAAGCAUUUGUGCAGAAGCAAGAUUUAACAGCUCAUGUGAGAUGCCAUACUGGUGAAAGGCCUUAUGUGUGUUCAAAUUGUGGUCAAGCAUUCCGGAAAGCCUCUGGACUUAAGGUUCACUUAAAAAUACAUGGGAAGGAAGGUGAUUUACUACAAGGGAUUCAUGUCUCAUAAAGUUCUGUUUACAGUAUUACAAAAACUUUAAUAAGAAUCUUCUGUAUUUAAUUAUUUGCAGCUAGUUUUUUAGAUAAUUUUUUUAUAAAGUACCUUCUCUUUAACAAGAAAACAAAAAGCUUACAUGGAGUCAAACAUUGAUGAAAACGAUCUCACCAAAAGUUGUGUAAACAUAAUACUUUCACUUAUUUUGAAUAAUUAAUCAUAGAUCUUAAAUAAGUUAAAUAAUAAUAUUUAUUUUAGGAACAAGAAAUUAAAAUGUACCAUUGUAUUGUUUCAAUUGCAUUGUCAUCCAACAAAAACAAUUGAAAAUUUUAUUUAAAAAUUAUAAUCAUUUUCUAUGAUCUAUAAGACUAUAAAUUAUAGAAAUAUCAAUUUUGGAAUAACACUUAUCUAUUUAGUACAAAUGCAGUAUUAAUAAUAUUAAAAAUUCACAGGUACAAUAUAAACUUAAAGCUGCUUUAAGAAUGAUACAUUAUUUUAAGUAACAAUAC